GCCAGCGUGAAAAGGAAUGACUUGUCAGUAAAAUGUCAUGCCAGUAGUAGUGGCGCCUCGAGUCGUGCCAGUGGAAAGGAAAAUGGGGGCGCGCCUGUUCCCUCCGCCUUGCGUUCUCGUAUCGCGUGGCCAAUCCGCGUCGUCGACGGAGUCCUCGGCCAGCGAGAAAACAGCAGACGAAGCCAACCUCGUCCACUGCAGCCGUGGCCCUGCAGCACCGCACUCCCUCUACCCAUCCAUCCUGCUGUUUGAGAUCAGCUUCUCUGACUCGUGCGUGGACACUCGACCCGGCGAAAGAGCAGUUCCAAUUCCAGUACCACCUCAGCCACUGGUAGGGGUGUCUCGCUUGUCCCCAUCUAUUCUUGUUUUGCCCACUGCCUGUUGCUGCUAGUCGAGGUGACCUGCCAGUGCAGUGGUGCUGUGAUCGGAGCCAGACGACGGCGACCGCAGCCCAGUCAAAGCCAACCAUAUGCAGCCACUACCACCACCUCACAUACUACUGCAGCAUGUCGACCACCGCGACCCUUUGUCCUACUCCUCUGUCUGCUUGUUGCUCGCCUGAUUUUCGCUCGCGAGACCCUCUGGCCAACCCCUCCUAGGAUCGUCCUUCACAUCCUCAAGACCUCUCUCGACUGGUUCUCAACUGUUUCCACUGUUCGCUUGUUGUCUUCCAGAAAGAUUCGUUUUAUAUCCUGUCCUUACCGCAGACUCCAUAUCGUGCCAGUCUAUAUUCCGACUUUAGGACCGUCCAAUUCUCGACCGACUACAUGCCCGCGGCAACGAUCCAGACGAGCUGAAACAGCAAAGAGGGAAUGAGAGGAGAAUACUACUUACUUACGACAGUGUCAAUAGAGCGUGCUCACGGCAGCUGAAUCCUGCAAAGUAUAUCUACUCGGUGGACCACAAACAGGGCUCUGCACUUGCCACCGCCAAAGAUCCAUUCAAUACGAGGCUGGCCCCGAUCCAUGCGCGUUGCCUCAGGGUCGCUUUGCCCUUCUCCAAUGUUGCAGUGACCGCUGAAACAGGACAUGGAUACUGGCAGGACGUUCCCGGCUGCAGUGCGGACACCGUCUUACGGGGAGAAUGCUGGCACGCUCCAAUAUCCUUCACGGUCGAAUUCGCAGACUUCAGACGACACAUUUCCGCCUCGAGAAGCCAUGCCUAUACCGGGCGCCCGCUUGAACGACGCACCGCCACCUCUCCCUCCUCCGCGCUACAAUGAAGAGUUGGACCACGGUAUAGAUCUUGCCUGGAGUUGGGCCAACAGUGAUCCUUUCGGCAACACUGCUAGACGUUUGGCCCCAAUCAAGCCGACCUCGAGCCUGUUCGGUGGCUAUAUGCAGUCAAAGAGCGGUUCUGGCCGAUUGCGCGAGGAUGAAAUGGACCUUGACGAACACCUGAGGAGAGGCAGCAAUGCUUCGACCGCGAGGUCGCCCAAGCUGAUGGCAAGGGAGGCUGGUCACGCGCCGACCAUGCCCCGAAAGCCGCCAUCGCCAGGUAUGGCAAGCCAGAGGCUUCAAGGAGAAAUGCCCCUAGCCCGGCAGAACUUCACUCGUUCCUCGCAAGCAUACGACCAGCGUGUGUUGUCCAAGAUUGGAAAGCCCAAUUCGCCUCCACGGCAUCAGCGAACUGGCUCGAUGGAACCUCCCAUGUUCCCUAGAAAUUUGGCACUGCAAACCAAAGAAUCCAAGAUCCAAGUGCUGUCAGCCAAUGAGCAUCCUAACGCACCUCUCGACUCCAUCUCCCGGUGGAUCACCAGUCCAGUGUCAGGCGGCGUGUCUCCGAAUGCAUGUUCAGGUUGGCGUGAGGGUAAACCAGGCCACCGGAACUCCUCCGUUGACUGUGCGGCCGGCUCUCUGGUAUUGGAUCCAGAGUUAUUUGUACCGCCUCGCCCUACCGGCCUUAUCUCCACUGGCAGCUCAGUCCUUGGUCACGAAGAUGCAGCGAGCUUGGGUGGCCGUUCCCAACGGGGCAGUUAUGAUCAGGGAACCUUGGCAGAAUCAGAAUUGCUGGGCGACGAGAACUGCGCGUUCCGUAAUCUGAUCUGCAGCGAUCGCGAUCCUCCAUUGCCAGCUACACGACGACCUUCUCAGCAGGGUAUGAAGCGGCGAGCAUUGUCACCUCCGUCCCACAUGGCCAGAGAGGACAAGUCGCCGCUCCUUAGUUCCAAGUCUACAGAACCGUUGCCCAGGAUCCAGACGACUUCGUCUACAAUGUCGCCGGUGUCACCAUAUCGGCUACAACAUGGGUCAGUGUCUUCAACAUCGUCGAGCAUAAGACAGAAUUCAUAUUCAUCAUCCCUUACACUUUCUGUUGGCGGUAGCAGUAUGACCAGUGUAUCGUCUCAUGACAGGCAAUCGCCGCUCGAUUCUUCACACCCUGCAUAUCUCAGCUCAGCCCAACCGGUCUCCAGUCCUGCGACGUCAGUUACUCCCUCCGUGUCGCAACCUACGCAGUCUCCUGUUGACACCAAACCCCCCUAUCCGACCAUGUCCAUUCACACUGCCGUCAAUGAAACGAGGGUACCGCUCCCUCCUGCCACGCGCAUUGGGAACUAUUUCAUAUGCGAUUGCUGUCCCAAGAAGCCGAAGAAAUUCGAAGCAGAGGCGGACUUGAGGGCACAUCAAAUGGAGAAACAGUACUCAUGCCAGUACUGCCAUAAUCGUUUCAAGAACAAAAACGAAGCAGAACGGCAUCAGAACUCACUCCAUCUGCGACGACAUUCUUGGUCGUGUGCGUCCAUUCCUAAUUACCAGGCAGUCUUCUAUCCCACCACUGGGUCGGGUCCCUCCGGUUCUCAAGCCUCACAGACAGACACAUGCGGCUUUUGUGGAGAAGAGUUCCCCAAUUUCCCUCGGCCUGAUUGGGAUUGUAGGAUUGAGCACCUCGCCCUUGUCCACAAAUUUGGCGAGUGCAACCAGUCCAAGAAAUUCUACCGGGCCGACCACUUUAGGCAGCAUCUUAAGCACAGCCACGGGGGGCAGAGUGGAAAGUGGACCAACAUGUUGGAAAACGUGUGCUUGCGUGAAGAAUUUCCCGACGCUGGCGGUAUCUCACCGACGACCAAAACCUACAGUCCGGGGCGAAAUCCCGGCACCUUGCCCGAGCCUCCGAUGGGCGGUGCCACAAUCAAUGAGGUUCAAGACGAGACAUGAAGAAGCGUUUUCACCCGCUUGUUCUGUUACUAGCCGUCAUCCAAUCGUCCGAGGUUUGAUCAACCUCGAGGCAAUCUUGGGCCAGGAGAAUAUUUCUGCAACAUAUGCACGUGCAGCCUCUGCAACCAUCACCAGCAACAAAUUUGGCGAUGUCGCAAAUCGGACAUAGACCUCGCGCUGCUUACUGUGCAUGGAGCUUUUCUCCAGAGAGCACUAGGAUGCGGACUGGUCCCAUUACUGAGGAGGCAUUACCUUCUACUGGCACCAGGACCUACCUGUGCCAAUGGUUGACCAAGUGGGGAGGAGACUUUCCUCUUCGCCCAAAUGCCUUCAGCAGGAUGUGCCAUUGAUUAGCCGUCAGAGUCGUAUACGCACUGGCUCCAACGGAACUGGGAUCCUAGGAUGAACAGCAUGACAAUCAACGGCCGCUUGGCUUUUUGCUAAUGAGAGCUGAGAUGCCUACGGCUGCCCUCUAACACGAUACAAUUCAAGGGCACCUGGGAUUCAGGCUGUAUGUGUUUGGAGAUGCCUACGGCUGUCCUCCACACGAUACAGUUCAAGGGCACCUGGGAUUCAGGCUGUAUGUGUUUGGAGAUACCCAUCUCUGGGUCAUUGAUACGAGUAGGAUUUGUCCAAGCAUGCCUGUCCUUGCCGAAGCGAGGCGAGUCCCGAGAACAAAUCCUUCUCAGGACACCCUUGGUGGAAGCACCCUCCAGGAAUAUUGGAUGAGAUGGUCAGAGGAUUGCCGCUUACCUUUUGUACUAUGACGCAGUGCUCUAAAAAGAGCGACUAAUACAGAUGGUCCAGCUAUCCGACACGGCGUUAGCGGGACGACACUAUGCGAGACAAGCUGCCAUGAACGACCGAUCGCCUGUUGACCCCUCACCAUCAGCCCAGGCCCAGGGUGCCUUAGUGCUUAUUUCACGGCCAGACCGCUAGUACUCCGGCUCGAGAAUCCUUGGACGGACAGCGGCCGGAUCCGUCCGAACUCCCUGGUACCGGGGUCCUGCGGGUGGCCCGACCGGAAAAAUCGAAAUUGUAUCCGGUCAUGUCACGCUGGCAGCAAGUAUAUCAUCCGAUUCAGGCAAACCUCCGUGGAGGAGGCAGGGUCUGCUAAAUAAGCCUUUGUGAUCAGUAAUAUGAACGCCAGCCAGCCACAUACCUGCGGUUUCAGCUCCCCCGUACCGCAAGACUAAAUUUCUUGUGGGCGUGCAUUGCCAUUGCCCUUGCUCUAUGAGCAUAAAGUGCUUGGUCGAGCUCAAUGACAUACACGGAUAUCUCUGACCUUGUGAGCAAUGCGUUUGUUUUGUCCGCAUGAUUUCUCAAUUACAAUAGAUGGAUACUACUACUCGUCGUGGGUACAGUACCACGGGUAGCGACAGUACUGUCGGUGCAUGGUCACCCUGUUCAACUUGGCAGUCUAAGGUACCAGGGUCGAUCGGAGAAAUUCUGUGACAUACAGUUCAUUGUACAGUGGUAUAUUGUAGAUGGACUCAUAAAGGAAAUCUUUUUUCUGCGCAGGUGGUUCUCCGUUGGCGAAUCACAGCACCUUAGUAGUGGUAUGGUACUAGAACAGGGAAAAGAAAACAUCAUUGUUGCCCCAUCCUAGCCAUGCCCGUUGUCCUCGGGGUCGAUAGACGAGUCUUGGGGAAAUGGGUAGGCCCUACGGCUGGUACUCGGGACAAGGCUGAUGGAUGGUUGCAAUGGGAGACAGCGUUGUCAGGAGACGACUCCUGGUCUUGGCAGAGUCGUCUCCGGGAGUCGUACUAAGAGUCGACUCCCAAAAUUCUUAGGGAGUCGACUCUAAGCGGCUCUUUUAAUUUCCGUUAGUAGCUUAGUAUAAAAUAAUAGGGUCUAGGAUAUAGUUACCUUAUACUUUAGGUAGAGUAGUGAGUUUUUAUAGUAUAAAUUACUAGAAAAGACCUCACUAACGUCGAG